CGCCGAUCGUCAAACUUCUCGAGCCUCUUUGAAUCACCUCUUCGUCAUACACCCUCUGUACCUGACGGUUCCAGCACCACUAAAUUCUCUCUUGCGGGCCUUUCUCGUCGAGAGACACGCUUAACAGCCCCGUGGUCGCACUUCCUCUCCCCUCAUACCAGCAAAUUUUGUCUCGCACUAGUCUAGCCGUCGGGUCCUUCACGUUGUGUCACUACACGGUCUUGAAUCCUCCAGUCGGGACUUCCAAGCGCUCACAGAAUCCUACGAGUGAAAACCCUCCCUUUGACGGCCACCGAGCCUUCGGUGCGAUAAAGUUUAAAAUCAUUCGAUCGUAGUCGUUUCGUCGCAAAUAUGUCAACAUACUCUGCGAGAAAGGGCCCGAACAUGUCGCAAUUCAUCGCAAAUCUGAAUCAGGUUGACUCGCAGCCGGCCGAUGACCUGUUCAAUGUCAACGAUGACCUCAACCUUUUCGCGACGACCGACUUCUUCGACUUUGACAUGGGCGAGCUGAACCCGCUGCCUGGUCAUGAUUUUGACGUGGACGCCAAUAACGCAAAGUCGAGUGCGGCAAACUGGCAGGCGCCUUCAGCUGAGGGCCAGAGUUUCUUGGACACAAACUUCACUUUCGACGACCUAAACAACUUUGGCUCGCUAAAUACUCCUUCUGUAUCUGGAAAUGGCUUGAACUACUCGCUUCCCAGUGGUCAACAAUCUCAAAUCACAUCACCAUCAUCGGCUACGUCCCCAUCCGGUGUUGCAGGGCCCCGCGUAGGAGACAAACGCAAAUUGGCCCUGACUGCCGAUGAAAGUGCACGCCUAGCCGCUGAAGAGGAUAAGCGCAGACGGAAUACGGCCGCUAGCGCGCGUUUCCGCGUGAAGAAGAAGCAGCGCGAGCAGGCCCUUGAAAAAACUGCCAAGGAGAUGACAGAGAAGGCUGCCAUGCUCGAGACGAAAGUGCAGCAACUCGAGAUGGAGAAUAAAUGGUUGAAAGGUUUGAUUACCGAGCGCGAAGUUGGUGGCGGGAGCAAAAUCGGAAGCGUAGUCAGCAAAGGAACUCUGGAGGAACUGUUCGAAAAGUACAAGAGCGACGAGCGGAGUAAACAUAGUGAAAACAAGGGUGACCGAGACGACUGAGCUUCAUCGCCAUGAUUUAUGAUACCGAAAACAGCAUACGAGUAAUGUUCUGGGAACGUACUGGGAAGCAUUGCAUAGAGGACGGAGUGAAUUUCCGGUGAUAUAUACGAUCACAUUUGAGAGUUGAAACGAAAAUCGCUCUCCUUUCGGGAAACUCUAACUGUCCUUGGGACGGGCGAACAUCUGGGUGGCGGGAUUUUGCAGAGCUUUUGCUUCUUUUCAUUCUACAUUUGUCAUUGAAUAUACCAAAGAUCAUGUGCGCCCUCACACCCGCAUACUUACACUCUGCGUGUAGCUCUACCAGGCCGCGACAUGAAUGCCACAUCGUCAAAAGAACGUUACAAGCGUUUUUUGGGGCGCAUUGGAUUUUUAACAGAGAAAAUGACAAUUUUUCACUCGUUACCACA